GGAUGCUCCUUAACGCCACAGUCCCUCUGUCUGUGGAUUUCGACACUCCGGAGGACUUCCUCAUCUUCAUCUUCCAUAUCCUGUUCGCCACAAGCGCAGUACUGGUCGCCGGCUCGGUGGUCGUCGGGAUAUCCUCCACCCGGUCUCUGCGAGGCCAGAACCGGUUCAUAUUCAUGCUCAACACGAGCAUCAGCGACACCCUGACCGGCUUCUCGGUCUACUACCUCGGCCUCUUCGACGUCCAAGAGGGGUAUCCAUCUAGAAAUGGGACAUAUUAUAUUUUACCCUCAUUUCUAGGUGUCAAUGUGUUGACCUUCCUGUUCGCUCAGUUUGACCGCUACUUCGCUGUGUGUCAUCCUUUCUUUUACAACCGAUACAUAACCAGAUACUUUGUGAUUGGGAUUUGUGCGUUUUGUUGGAUUUACACAUACACUAUCCUCACCGUGCAGAACAUGGUGCCUAUUUCAAAGGCGGCUCAAAUAAACGCGUUUGGUGUGAUGACCUUACAGAUUAUAGUGCUCAUUAAAGUGCUGAUGACAAUUCAGUUAUACAUCAUAGCCCGGAGCCACCUGGAGAGAGAGGCGCCCAGUGCGGAGAGAGACAACAAGAAAGAGUCGCUGCGCAUCAUUGUGUUUGUGGUUAUCUGCUUCUUGGCUCUGUGGGUGCCGUCCUUUGUUAAUAUAAUUGUCAGACAGCUGACGAGGAAAGGUUUGAGGUUUAGGAAUGAAGCCACUAAUUUGUUCGCCAUCAUGGCGCGCCUGAACGCACUGGUGACCCCGGCUCUGUACAUCUGGGGUAGCCCAGCGCUGCGGGAGGCCGUGUGGAGAGUUGUGUGGCGCAGAAUCUGCCCCUGCAGGAGGGUCAGAAUUGGCUGUAACUUUAAUGGAGUGACAAACAAAAUGAAGCAUCAGACAGCGUCUGCAUCAUCAUAAGGUAUCAUAUGGAGAAUUGACUAAAUGACCUAAAUGGCUGACAUGAAAAUGGCACGUGUUUCAAUCACUUUUGAAUGAAUGUGAGCUCUCAAUCAUCAUGUUUUAUAAGUUAAAUGACUUAAAUGAAACGCACUUGGCAGACUGGACAACUGAACCAUUUAUGUGAGGAUUCAGAUGUGAUAUUGAAGGUGAAAUACGGACUGUGUUUUGGGAUCAGAGGAGGGCAGUGUGUGUAACUGCAGCAUAUAUAGAGGACAGUCCAUUACAGUUUGGGGCUUAGCCACUAAUUGUUUUUUCUAAUUUUCAUUUCCACAUGUAACACACUU